AUCAUGAAAGCUCUUUAAAUGAACCAUAUCAUCUUCAUUAUUCCUUAGAUUGGAUUGACUUUAUCUAAAAGAAGACAUGUCUGAACUUCACUUUCAGGUGAUCAUCAACAUCAGGAACUUCAAUUAGCCUUCAAAAUGGCUCCAAGCAAGAUCAAGAAAGCCCUUGGCGCAGUCAAGGAUCAAACAACCAUAAGCCUAGCAAAAGUAGGAAGCAGUACCUCACUUGCAGACCUUGAAGUUGCCAUAGUGAAGGCAACAAAGCACAACGAGCAUCCUGCAGAAGAGAAAUACAUUAGAGAAAUACUCAGCUUAACUUGCUACUCUCGAACCUACAUUAGCGCCUGCGUCACCACACUCUCCAAACGCCUCAACAAAACUCGAAGCUGGACAGUCGCCAUGAAAACACUUAUCCUCAUACAAAGGCUUCUCUAUGAAGGUGAUCCUGCAUAUGAGCAAGAGAUCUUCUUCUCAACUCGUCGAGGAACUCGAAUUCUCAACUUGUCUGAUUUUCGUGACAAUGGCAAGUCGUUAAACUCAUGGGACUUCUCAGCAUUUGUUCGCACUUAUGCACUAUACUUGGAUGAGAGGCUUGAGUAUAAAAUGCAGAAUCGGCGAGGAAAGAAAAGCACGUUUGGAUGUGAUGAAGAAGAAGAAGAAAACAAAGAUAAAGAUAAAGAUAAAGAGAAAGAGAAAGAAUCAUUUACGAGAUCCACACCAAUACGGGACAUGAAGACAGAACAAAUAUUUUCAAAGAUGCAGCAUUUGCAGUUGCUGCUUGAGCGCUUUUUAGCUUGUCGUCCCACAGGAGCAGCAAAAACACAUAGAAUUGUGAUAGUGUCUCUAUACCCCAUUGUGAAGGACAGCUUCCAGAUAUACAGUGAGGUAACAGAAAUACUCAGUACCUUACUGGACAGGUUUGAAGACUUGCAGAUGCAAGACUGCAUUAAAGUUUAUGACAUUUUCUGCCGUGUUGGGAAGCAAUUUGAUGAGCUAGACUUGUUCUAUUGCUGGUGCAAGAGUAUAGGCAUUGCAAGGUCUUCUGAGUACCCACAAAUUGAGAAGAUCAAUUCAAAGCAGCUGGAGGUCAUGGAGGAAUAUAUCAAAGAGAAAUCAGCUGCAGCACAAGGCAAGGCUUCUAAUGCAGAAGAGAAGAAUGAAGAAGAAGAAGCUAAGGUUGAAGAAUUAGAAGAGGACGUGAAUACAACAAAAGCACUACCACCACCAGUGGAGGAACCAAAGGUUGAAGAAGUCAUUGAAGAACCAAUCAAAGAAAAGCCUAAAGAGGAAGAACAAAAAGAAGCUGACUUGUUACAUCUAGGAGAUGAUGUGCCUACCACAGAGGAACAAGGGGAUAAGCUUGCCUUGGCCUUGUUUGAUGGUGCUGCACCAGGAACCGCGAGUGCCACCCAAGCUCUUCCAUGGCAUGCUUUUGAUGAAGAAGCAGAUUGGGAAACAGCAUUGGUGCAAUCAACCAGCAACCUGCCAAACCAGAAGCCUGAACUGGGAGGUGGAUUUGAUACACUCUUGUUGGACGGCAUGUAUAAGCAAGCAGAAGUAAAUGCAGCCAUGCAGGGACCGGGGUUCAUAGUCAGCGGGAGCUCAAGCAGUAUGGCACUUGGGUCGGCCGGAAGGCCAGCAUUGUUGGCAUUGCCGGCACCACCAACAUCCGGAGGUUCUACUGAUUUUGGGCCAGCAAGUACAGAUCCAUUUGCAGCUUCGCUGGGUGUGGCACCUCCAUCUUAUGUGCAAAUGUCAGAGAUGGAGAAGAAACAGGGGUUGCUAGUGGAGGAACAAGUGCUGUGGCAGCAAUACACAAGAGAGGGCAUGCAAGGAGAAGCUACACUGUCAAGGCUCGAACGGAAUGCUUACAUGGGAGCCUAUGCACAACCGAACCCAGGAAGUAAUUAUCGUUGA